CACUCUCCUUUUGGGACCCUCAGUUUGUGUCCUUAUCUCCAACCUUUUUGUCCUUCUAGUUCCUUCCCCACUUUUAUACCUCACUCACUCAUGUCUUCUACUUCUUCAUCUUCUUCAUCCUCAUCACAAUCAUCUUCAACAACGUCAACACCCUAUGAUGCUGCUGCUGCUGCAAAUGUUGGUGCUCAUAAUGACAUCCCUGGCCCUAGCACUAGAAGAACCGGUCGUGAAUCUUCUGAAGGACCCUCUUCUUCUCGCCAACGUGCCAUGAAUGAGGUUUGGCCUGAGCCUGUUGUGGAGUUAUUAGCCACCCAAGUAGCAACCGAUUCUGCUCAUUACCAUGGUCGUCUUGCUGCUGCUUCUUCCCUUGCCAUUGUAUUUCAGGUUUGUUCAACAUGGCGUGAGGUAUCACGCUCGGAUCUGCUGUGGCAGCGGCUCACCAGAAGAAUCUGGCGCCGCACCUACCGAUUGCGAGACACGUGGCAGCUGGAAUACGUUUUCUGGCAUCGAACGGCUAGGAACUUCAGCAUGGGCAAUUACUCCUUAGUGGUCCCACCCUUCAGCCCUCCCCUCGCCGGCGACCACCACCCCCAAGCUCUCAUCUGCCGCUACCUCACCCUCUCCGACAACCACCUCGCCUGCGGCUUCAUCGACGGCACCGUCCGCUUGUUCGACCUCCAGACCCAGGCCCAUGUCAGCACGUUCUGGUCCAACCAGGGCCACCUCUUCGGCCCAUUCUCACGCUCCGUCUCCGGCAUUGUAAUUUCCGGCUCAGCUCUCACAUUCGCCAGGCUGGACGGUGACAUCUACGUGGCGGUCAUCGACGUGCCAGGUCCGGCCCGGCGGGCUUUACCCGGCGACGUUGUGAACAAUGGCGUGCUGGUGGAGUUCGUGGGCUCGGGCCGGUGGUGGGUGGGCUUGUUCGCGGGCCAUGCGGGCGCGGCGUUUCAGAUAUGGGACGCGCACACGGAGCAGCGCGUGUUUGUCGGGGGCUCGCUGACGGACCCGGAGACGGUCUUAGGGUGGCACAUGCUGACCGAGCUUGUCGAGCCCGUGGGCCGGCUGCGCGUGACGGAGCGUGAGGUGGUGGUGGCGUGCACGGGCUCGAGGCUUGUUUGUUUCAACGUGAGAAACCCGGAGGUUUUGCUUCGGGAUGUGGGGUCCAGAGCGGGCUUUGUGGUGGGCUCGUUGGAUGUCAGCCACGAGGGGUUUGUGGUGGUGGAGAGGAAUGGGAUGGGGACUGUGCGGCGCGUGGGAAACUUUGAGCGCGUGAGCAGGUUUCGGUUGAGUAGUACUUCGUGGCUGAGGGGGUUGUUGGGGUGCAUGAACUUGGGGUACGUGGUUACAUAUUCUGGCGGUUCCGGUUUGCUGCGCGUGUGGGACACGCACCACCCUGUUGGACGGUUGUGUGUGGAGGUUGCGGUUAGACCAGGAGAGGCGGCGCAGGGAUACGCGAACAGCAUGGUGGCUAGUCAAACCCACGUGGCGGUUUCAUUUAAUGAUGGUUUGAUACACUUAUUGGAUUUUAGUGUACAGUUGUAACUUUUUAAUCCUUGUCAUUAGGAUUAAGAUUAGAUUAAGAUUAGGAUUAUUAUUUAUUAGUCCUCAUUCAUUCUAACUAGACUCGAUUCCUUUUUGUAACUAUCUCACAAAAAUCACAUCUAUUGCUUGCUAUUGUUUAA